CUCUCAAAGAAUUCUUGGUUCCUGUGUUUCAACACUGUGCCUCGUUUUUUGUUUUUUUUAUUCCUGCCACGUUGGAUUCGACACAAGCGCCUUGAGAGCAAACGCUCCUGCCAGCCAUCAUCCGGCCUUGGUCAGCCUCCGAUAAGAGUCAACUAUAAAGAAAGACCGCGCUCGGCUUUUGAAGCAGAGAUCAUCCUGAUACUCAUCGACAGCAGUCAUGACGUCCGUAAUCGCCAAGAUCGUCACCAAGAAGAUUCUGGGGGAAACCAUCCAGAACAAGUUUGGAACUGAGGAUCCUUACUUUGAACAAGUCCCGGCCACCCGCCUCAACGGAACGCCAAAUGGCAAAUUCAAGAAGCGCAAGAAGGCUCUCCCCCCGGGCAUCUCUGAGCAUGAUGGCAAGGUCUUGACCAAGGUUAAGCGUCGAGCUUAUCGUCUAGACCUGGCUCUCUUCAGUUGCUGUGGUGUCCGUUUCGGCUGGGGCAGCGCCCUGGGCUUGAUCCCUGCCAUUGGUGACGUCCUGGACAUGCUCAUGGCAAUGCUCGUCUUGAAGACAUGCAUGCAAAUCGAUGGUGGACUUCCAACCUCUGUCAAGGCUAGGAUGAUGGUCAACAUCCUGUUCGAUUUUGGCAUCGGUAUCAUCCCUUUCAUUGGCGAUCUCGCUGAUGCCGCAUUCCGGGCCAAUACCCGCAACGCGGCUCUUCUGGAGGCAUACCUCCGUGAACAGGGCAAGGAGAACUUGCGCAAGAGUGGCCAGCCGUUGCCAGCCGUUGAUCCUAGCGACCCCGAACAAUUCGAUCGACUGCAGAUGCAGGAUCCGCCCGAAUACGUUUCAAGCCCGCCGUCAAGGCAUGAAUCCAUGUCGGAUAGGUCUCCGCGCAGCCGUGAAGGCCGUCAUAGUCGUCACCCGAGCCAACCAGAGCCAGCGCGGGUCCGCGAAGGUCGUGGAUUCUUUGGUCGCAGCAAGUCUCGGCCGUAUGAUAUCGAGACGGGCGAGGUUAAUUCCGGGUCACGAAACCAUCGCCGGUCGUCCCACCGUAGGGACCGACACUAGACCCCGGAUACUCGGAGUUAUGCAUGAUGGAAUCGAAAGAGGAACAGGCUGACGAAACUGGUGGGUCCCUGUGAGUCAGAUUCUCAAGGAUUAUUCACGAUGGACAUGGCGUUGAAGAUGUUGUUUGCAUGGACCACGGCCUCGAGGCGCGUGUGGAAUGGAUCAUGUGUAAAUGAGUGAUGUACAGUACCAAGCUCCACGACAAGACACGAGUUUAAUUGACUAAAGUGGAUACCGGCGCGUGGGUCGGCGUCGACGAAUUACAUACGAG